CUGGCGGGAAAUACCUGUGGUGAUUGUCCUUGUUAGACAUUUCGAAAUUUGAGGAUGGUGGGGCAAGGCGACUAAAUCCCAUUUUCCUGUGAUUCUGUAGUCGGAAACUGUCGAAUUCUGUGGAUAAAUUCAUUGGAUAAGAAGAGAUGUCAUCUAGAAUAAAUACCAGUUUCUCUUUGAUUCCCAACCAGAAAUAUAAACGUGCUAAUCAUCAAUCAAGCUGUUUUCCCAAGACCCUUAAUUCAAAUUCUCAGCCCUUAUCAACUCUUGGAAAUUUUAAAGUCUUGCCAUUGGAACUAUUCCACAUAAUUUUAAGAUAUUUGUCAGUGAAGGAUAUUGGCAUGUUAAGCAUGGUGUCCAAAACAGUCAGCCAGCACAUUAUUAAUUAUAUCUCAACCACAUCAGGAACUAAAAGACUUUUACUACAGAACUUUCAUAACCUUGAACUGCCUGACACAAAAGAAGACACAGUUCUACUGGAGUACUACAGAGCUCUAGGUUUACUAUUUAAAAGAUGCACAUUGCUGCUACCUACCAAGGAAAGACUGAAGUACAUUCACAAGAUACUCUCAGAAGUUUCCUGUUUUAAAUUCAGCGGCUGUACAACUCCUUUGCAGUGUUUAGGAUUAUCAUGUUAUGGCAUGCUUUUACAGACCUUAACAGCAGGUUGGGAUGAACUUGAGUGCCAUCGGGUUUAUAACUUCUUAUGUGAGUUGACUAAUCUCUCCCGUAAGAUGCAAACUGUUGUCUGUAACAAACCAGGAAAUUCUAGAAGACUAGAGUUAAGGAUUAGACUGUUCUGUAGGAAUGUCCUGCUUGAUCACUGGAUACACCGAAGUGAUUCUGCAUUUUGGUUGACUCAAAUAUUGAAACCAUGGCCAAUGGUGAAUCAGGCAAGAUUGCUAUUUAUCAUCUUUGGGCCAACAUCUCCUCAGGAUGGGCAGGUGAUUUGGCAGGAAAUGGUAGAAGAGCCUACAGAGGAAUCUAAUCUGAAAGGGUUGGCUGAUGCCAUUAAAUUACUCUAUGACACAAGUUCCAAAGAGUGGACAGCAGAUGAUGUCAUCAGUCUUGUAGAUGAACUAUCAGUGGUUCCCCGGGAGUGGCUUCUAGAGAAUAGUGCACGUCUCCUGAUCCUAAGUGGGAACAACAUCUGCUUCACUUUCAUGGCUAGUAAAGCUGUUAAUGGACGUGCCAUUGAACUGGCAAGGCUCAUAGUCUUUUUGGCUUUGGUGAGUGAGAAAGAACUAUACUGCAUGGACUGGACAGUGAAAAUGAUGCAAAAAGUCUGUAAAGUCUUUAGUACUCCACUGGAAAGAAAUCACUUCCUGCAGAAUGUGGCCAAUGCAUUUGCCUGUGUUACGAUGGAAAUGCUGCAGCCGGUUAUAUCUGGAGAUCGUGAUGAAGAUGACAGAGCCUUUCUGAAUUUGUUCCAUCUUCUCCAUGCUCAGGCUAACUUCCAUAAGGAGGUUCUGUAUUUGACUAUGAAUGCUCUCUCUUCCUAAACACUCAGAAAGCUUUGCAUUUCAAGAAAGCAUCACUGAACUACCACUUAGAAGAAUGCUGCUUUUUCACAUCCAAAGGGAGUACCUGUUGGGCUUUUGGUCAUCUAAGUAACCAAGAAAUCCAAAACGACAUAGGAUUUUAGCAGUAACAACUUUCACUAUUAUCAAUACAAAGCAACAGGUUAAUCCAAGAAUAUGUUGCAGUUUUUCUGGAAAAUAAGCUCUGCCUUUCCAGGCUUUAGUAAACCCAAUAUCAAACCAAAACAGAAUGUUAACUGUCCAAAAAUCUACAGCCAACC